GCCGGGCUAAAUGAGUGAGGGGAAAUCCUACUUUUUCCCGUUUAGUUACCAGGCAUGCUGUUGAAUAUUAUAUUGAAGUGUGUUUGUAACAAGUUUUACGGCAGGCGUCUUCUGAUGGAGCACCUUUCAAGACAGAUAUGGUGUACGCUUUGAAUUUCUGGUUGGCUAUUCCAGUGAAUCUACACGCGUCUGCUAGGACGGCGGAGCGGACGACAGCCGACAGACAACUGACUUGUCAAUCUACCGAUCUGCCUCUCAUUUUCAGUCUCCUCGUCCUUUGCCAUAAGUUUCAUUCAUUUUCAUAUUUAAUGUAGACCAUGUGUGUAAAUCCCUACAAAACAAAUUUAUGUAUCGCCUAAAGUCGUUUGAUCACACUAAUUAGUCAUGGAAAGGGCACCUAGAGAUGGGGGAAGUCGCCCAAACCCUUGGCACCAGAAAAGAGGAGGGGGUGCUGCUGCGCCUGGUGGUGGUGGAGGCGGCGGUUCUAAAAGAGGUCCCUCUAAGAAGCAGGGUGGUUCUAAGAACAGUGGGAACUUGCAAACCAACCGAGUUGAAGAGAAAAGUAGCAUUGCUAAGUUUGAAGAAGCAAGGUUGAAGAUGGAGCAAGCUGCUAAAAAACAUUUUGUGUCAGACUAUCAGUCUUCAGAUGAGGAAGAUGAUGUUCAAAUUGAUCCUAUUGUUGGAGCGGUUCUUGAGACCUAUGCAGCAAUGGGUGGUGUAAACGCUGAUUUGGGACGGACCCAGCACUUUCUUGAAGAAGCUUUUCAGUCAGGUGCGGCUACUUGCCUCAUAUGUAUUGGCAGUGUCAAAAGAAUUGAUCCAGUUUGGAGCUGUUCAGCUUGCUUUUGUUUUCUUCACCUUACAUGCACGCAGCGUUGGGCGAAAGACUCGUUACUUCAUCAAAAAAACGCAUUGGAAGACCUUCCCAGAGAUAAACAUCCUUUGAAGAUUACUUGGCCAUGCCCAAAGUGCAGAAAAGAAUAUGAGAGUAAUGAUGUGCCACAGAGAUACUACUGUUUUUGUGGACAAAAGGAAGACCCAGCCUACCAUGCAUGGCUUGUUCCUCACUCUUGUGGUGAAACUUGUGGGAGGCCUUUGCAACCGGCCUGUGGCCACACAUGUCUUCUCUUGUGUCACCCAGGACCAUGUCCACCAUGCCCAAAGACUGUUCGUGUUCCCUGUCAUUGUAAAAAAGAAAAUCCUCGGCCUCAGAGAUGUAGUCAGAAGUCUUGGUCAUGUGGUAGUCAAUGUAGUGCAGUUCUAUCUUGUGGAAGCCACAGAUGUUCUGCCGUUUGCCACCCUGGUUUAUGUGAAGCAUGUCCAAGAAAAAGUGAGCAACUGUGUGCGUGUGGAUCCCAACGGCAAAAUCGACCAUGUGCAUCUCCCUUCUGGCAGUGUGAGAAGGUGUGUGGGAAGAGGCUUUCUUGCAAACACCAUUCAUGUGAAAAGGUCUGCCACUCUGGACCUUGUGGGGCAUGUCCCCUAAGUGAAAACCGCUCUUGCCCUUGUGGAAAAAUAUCGUACAAGAUACUUUGCACAGAGGAGAUUGCCCCAUGUGGGGAUACUUGCAAUCGUAUUCUCAACUGUGGAGUACAUGCUUGCCCUGAGCGCUGCCACAAAGACAAAUGUGGGACAUGUCUUGAGGUAACAGUCAAGCAAUGUCGCUGUGGCUUGCAUACUAAGGAAUUGCCUUGUGCAAAGGAGUUCCUGUGUGAAACAAAAUGUAAACGCUCCAAGGAUUGUGGCCGUCAUCCUUGCAAUCGCAAGUGCUGUGACACUCAGUGCCCUCCUUGUGAGAAAGUUUGUGGUCGCACCCUGACGUGCGGCCAGCACAAGUGCGAGUCUGUCUGCCACCGCGGGCCGUGCUACCCGUGCCCCGUGACUGCCUCUGUGAGCUGCAACUGUGGCGCCUCGGUCAUCCACGUGCCUUGCGGCCGGCAGAGACGCACGCGCGCGCCGCGCUGCUCCAAGUUGUGUCUGAAUCCACCUGAAUGCCAUCACAAAAAGCGAGAAGAUCACGCCUGUCAUUUUGGUCACUGUCCGCCUUGUACACAAGUGUGUAACAUGCAGCAUUCUCAGUGUGGUCACAACUGCUCCAAACCGUGCCACUCUGCUGUGUGGAUGAAGGUGGAAAGACAGGCCCCGGCUGGACCUUGGGAACUUGCUGCCCCGCAGCUUGUGCAGCGUAAUCUUCCAUGCCCACCCUGCUCGGAACCGCUUCAAGUCAUAUGUUUAGGAAAACAUGACACUACAACCAUGCCUUGUCAUGCAGCAAAAUCCAUGUCAUGUGGGAAAAAGUGUGGUAGAAAUUUGAAGUGCACAAAUCAUCUUUGUGACCUAGAAUGCCACACUGUCAAUGGUGAUGAAGACUGUGAGACAUGUGAAAAUGCAUGUGAGCUUCCAAGAACUCCGGGCUGUCCUCAUGAGUGCCCUCUUCCCUGCCAUCCAGCACCCUGUCCUCCGUGCCGCGCCACACUGCGCCCGCGCUGCCACUGUGGUGUCACUCAGGUUUAUAUUAAAUGUGCGGAAUGGACCAAACCCGGCUGUGAUCGAGUAGCCCUAACAUCGUGCGGGAGCCCGUGCCCCAAAAGUUUUCCAUGUGGGCACAAGUGUACCGCACUUUGCCAUCCUGGGGAUUGCCCAGACGCUGACAAAUGUGCAAAGAAAACCAAGGCAUACUGCCCAUGCCGACGAGUCAAGAAAGAAGUACGCUGUGAUAUCUUGCGAUCAGCAGAAUUUUCUCUGCCCUGUGAUGAAACAUGUGAGGUGCUGAAACUUCAAAAAGAAAAGUCCGAGGUUGAUGAAAACAAGAAACGGCGUGCUAAAGAAGAAGAAGAAGCUAGAAUUGAAGCGGAAAGAUUUCAGAAGCGUAUGGAAGGAACAGGUCGUCGGAAAACUCGUAAUAGGAAUCAAAAUGAAAUGAAAGAUGACAAUAAGCGGUCUGCCUUCUUUUAUCUCUCAGUAACUGCUGUUGUUAUUGUUUUUGUGGCAAUUUUGUACUUCCAAUUGUCUUAACAAUUUUUAAAAAUAUUGAAUUGUAUGUAUCUAUGUAAUCUGAUUAUGUACGUAGUUGUUUGUGACUUUUAUCUGCAAUACUUUUCACAGCUUUAUGUGAUCCGAUUUUGUUUGAUUUAUAUCAGCUGGGCAGCAAGUAUUUGUGUUCAUUUUUUAUUUAUUUAAAAAAAAUGUAAGGGGAUUAUUUAUGGGUUAUUCAUGUAGGAAUGGAUUUUAAAUUAAAAUGAUAAACUGGGUAUGAGUUA